AUGGCUCAGGUGGGGAUCAACUCCCAAGCCAACGAGGGGUGCUUCUGCCGCUUGUCCUCCACUGCCGACCGCUCCAGCUGCCUGCUGGGGAGCCCGGACCAGCUGGAGCUCCGGGUUGACACUUUGAGAGAAGCAACCACUGCUGUUGAGCAAGAGAAAGAAAUCCUCCUGGAAAUGAUCCACAGUAUCCAGAACAGCCAGGACAUGAGGCAGAUCAGUGACAGAGAAAGAGAAGAUUUAAAUCUGACUGCAAACCGCUUGAUGGGACGAACUCUGACUGUUGACUUUUCCGGAAACCCCCAGCAGCAAGAAUCCCUAAAGCCCACGAGGAUUACUGAUGAGGUGAUCUCUAAGUUUCUGGAUGAUUUGGAAAAUGCCAAGAGUCAUUUGAUGUCACUCUACAGGGCAUGUUCGUCUGAGGUGCCAUCCAGGCCAGUUGAUCAGAAGUUUCAAUCCAUAAUAAUUGACUGUGCACUUGAAGAGGAGAAGAAAAUUAAGAGAAGAUUAGAGACUCUGCUUAGAAAUAUUGAAAACUCUGACAAGGCCAUCAAGCUGUUAGAGCAUUCAAAACAAGCUGGUUCCAAAACUCUGCAAAAAAAUGCUGAAAAUAGAUUUAAUUAG